UUGCAACUAGGUGGCAGCACUGUAACUGAAAAGCCAACUCAGCUUCUAGUUUAUAAAUUUUAUUUUGCGUUUGUGAGACAAUUGAAAUUAUUUAUUGAAAAUGAGCAGAGCCCAACAACAAAACGAUGAGGACGUCAACUCGGCGCUCUUCGAUGCACGCAACGAGUAUUAUAUCGGCAAUUUCAUGGGCUCCAUCAACUUUGUGCUGCCCGAGCAGGGAACAGCAGGGGCCGAACUCUUGUCAUACAUGUAUUUAUCGUAUUUGGCCAUCGAUUCGGGUCGCAUCAUUGCGUCGGACAUCAAAGAGAAUACCACGACACCGCUGCUGGCUCUGCGUUUCGUGCACGAGGCCUUUGAGCAACCUUCUCGCAUUGAGGAGCUGCUCGAAAAGCUCACCGACAAAGUGGCCGGCGAUGAGGAUGAGACGAACAUCUGGCACAUUGCAACAGCUAUCGUUUACUGUUACGAUGGACAGUUCGAGAAUGCCCUGAAGAUAUUGCAUGGCUCCAACAAUCUCGAAUCGAUGGCGUUAUCUGUCCAGUGUCUGUUGCGCUUGCAUCGAGUCGAUCUGGCCAAACAGUUGGUGGCCAAAAUGCAGGAGAUCAGUGACGAUGCAACACUCACACAGCUCGCACAGGCCUGGGUAGCCUUGGCUCAGGGCACGGAACAGAUGCAGGAUGCCUUUCACAUCUACCAAGAGUUCUGUGAGAAGUUUAAGCCAACUCCAGCGCUGCUCAAUGGCCAGGCAGUCGUCCACUUGGGCCUGGAACGUUACGAAGAGGCGGAAGCUGUGUUGCGUGAAUCGCUGACCAAGAAGCAUAACGAUUACGACACAUUGAUCAAUAUGAUGGUACUCUCCCAUCUGACGGGCAAAUCGACGGAGACGAUAACUCGUUACUGGGAGCAGUUGCGUCAAUUUUAUCCGAAGAGCGAUUUUAUUGUGGAUCUGGAUAAGAAGUCCGCCGAGUUCGAUCGUCUAUGCCUGGAGUACGAGCCAAGCGGCGAGCAGCUGCUGGCAGUCUAAAUGAAAACUGAUUUCCCAAUCCAUAUUACAUUCACUUUUAAAUCUUUA